UGACAAUCGUCUGUAUGAGAAAUACCUGUUUUGGACCAAAAAAGGGACAACCAGUGCUUGUGCAGCUUGUCUGAGAAACUAUGGACGGACCUUGCCAUGAUGGAGGAUCCUCAAGAGAGUUUUGCAAAAGAAAUUUACAAGAGAAGAAGGGUUUCUUUAACCAGUUAAAUCUAGCAGAAAGCCUAACACUGGCAGCAAAGACCAGAAACGGAGCUACUGAAAACUCAGCAACAUUCUACUAGUCGACCCAUCGUUUAUUCACAGCUACUUGUCCAUCAUGAAGCUAGAACUUAUACUUUUGUGUCUCACAGGUAUUUUGCCAAGGUAUAUCACCUUGUCCACCACUCCUCACAAGUACUAUCUGGUCAUGACACAAAUGACUUGGUCAGAUGCACAGAAUUACUGCAAACAAACAUAUGUUGACAUUGCUGUAGUUGCAAGUGCUCAAGACUGGUUGAGAUUAGCAGCAGUAGCAACAACAAAUCUUAUGACUGCCCCUGCUUGGAUCGGAAUGUAUAACAACGUCAACAGCUGGCGCUGGUCCUAUAGCAACCUCCCUCUGACGAGUACAUCAUUUACUAACUGGGGUUCUCCGCCUUCUGGAGAUGAUAAAGCAUGUGUGUCAAUUGAUACCGGGGGAAGUUGGUUAGAUUCUUCCUGCUCAAGUCUGAAACCCUUCAUCUGCUAUGACUCUGCAUUCACUGGGUUUGCCAGAUUCAUCCCCUACGUCCUUCCUCCAUUGGACUGGUAUUCAGCUCAGGCUUUCUGCAGACAAUUUCACACUGAUUUGCCCACCUCAUCCAGCUCAUCAGUGAACACAGAAUUAAAGAAUAGAGUGGUAAUCUUUACUACUUCUUGGAUUGGUCUAUUCCGGGACACUUGGACAUGGACAGAUGGGACUAUAGCUUCAAGUAUUCCAUGGGCCCUUUUUCAGCCGAAUUUUGCGUCUGCUGGAAAGAACUGUGUAACAUAUACUGCAGGAACGACCAGUGAUCAAACCUGUACCAGUCUAUAUGCUUUCUUCUGUCACUCCAUUCUACCAGUAAAGAAACGGCAGAUAGUAAGACUGCAGGUGAAGUCUGAUGUCAGUGUGUUUGAUCCUGUUUUACAGUCGUCCAUUUUAGAGCAGAUCAAAGGGGUUUUGAAGAACAACGGCAUGAACGUUACAGUGACCUGGAGGGUGCAGCCAAAAGAAAACAUCUUCUACAAGAAAAUAAUAAAUCUCACCCUGUAACUGAUAUAACAUUUAUUCUAAAACUUAAUAAUUACUAAAACUACAUUUUUACAUUCUAGCACAGUUUAACUGGAUAUACCUUUGUAAUUAGUGUUUACAUAAUUACUUCAUAGUAAAAUAAUCAUUACGAGCUUGUUUGACUGGAAGUGGGACCUGUAAACCAGUGCAGUUACCAUAUUCAUAUAAACAAUUAAUAUUACUGUUAACCAGCAUGUACAAAAAUGAU